CUCGCAGCUGACGUGCAGUGCGCAAGCGCAGAGCUUUUCCAUGUGUGCUCGGCCAUCAGCCGGGGCCCAACUGAACCUAGUCGCCUCAGAGACGAGCAUUUGUCAGCGGCCCGGCAACACCGUCACCUGCGGCGGCCCUCAGCUCUCGCUCUGUUCCCGCAGCCCCUGUCACCAUGGGUAAGAGCCGGACGAAGCGCUUCAAACGGCCUCAGUUCUCCCCUACCGGCAGCUGUCAGGCUGAGGCAGCGGCCGUGGCGAACGGGACUGGCGAGGAGGAUGACGGGCCCGCGGCGGAGCUGCUGGAGAAGCUCCAGCACCCGAGCCCCGAGGUCCGCGAGUGCGCCUGCGCGGGACUGGCCCGGCUGGUGCAGCAGCGGCCCGCACUUCCCGGCCUGGCGCGCCGGGAUGCGGUGCGCCGGCUCGGGCCGCUACUGCUGGACCCCAGUCUGGCGGUCAGGGAGACGGCGGCCGGCGCGCUGAGAAACCUUAGUGCAUGUGGAGGUUUUGAAGUUUGUGAUGACAUGGUGGCGAAGGACAUCAUGACCCCACUGGUGGCACUACUGAGAGAGUGUAGUGCUGGACUAGAUUCAAAUGAUUUGUCACCACAAGAGAGGAAAGAUCAGGACAGAGACUCUGUUGAGAACGUAGCCAAUGAGGCCGUGAACGUGCUGUGGAAUAUAUGUGAAUGCAGUAGUAGAGCAGUAUCUAUAUUCAACAAAGAAGGGUGUUUGGAGAUUGUAUUAAAGUACUUACAUAGGUUUUCCACCAGUGUUGACCUGGCUGUUUCUGUAGCAUAUUGUUUACAGACAGUGACAGAAGAUAACCCAGAGCUACUAAAAUCUUUCGGUGACUCUUCAUUGCAUGUGUUGGAGUCUGCAUUGCUUUGUCCUGUCACCUCUAUGGAAUACAUCUUGUUAAAGACACUGGUAGCAGGCACAAUUUGGAACCUGAAGGACAUCAUUCCAUCCAAAAGUCAGGCAGAAAUCAUAAAUGCCAUACUGAAGGUUUUAUCUGAAGUUUUGGAGGUGAAUGCUGCUGAAAUGGUUAUUCAGAUGAAGGAGGCUGAAACUCAGCGCUUGAAGACUACUGCAGAGACUGAGGAAACACUAGAGAAGGCCAAUGGCAGGGAUUUGGUUGAAGAUGAUGAAAUGGAAGAGAUUCCGCGUAAAAGAAAAGUCAGAAGGAAAACUUUCAUUUCCGAUUUACUUCCAUCCACUGACAAGGAGUUGCGAGAGACCAUGGCCUUGCUGACAGCUCAGCAGACUGCCCUGGAAAUUAUUGUCAACAUGUGCUGGAGCGAAGAUCCCUCCGAUGAUGAGUGGGAAGAGCUGUCUAGUAGUGAUGAAAGCGAGGCCUUCAUGGAGAAUGUCUUCAAUGAGUGCAGUGGGCAGCUGCUGUCUCCACUCUGCCUGUCCCAUGAGAUUCACACUGCUCUCACCAACUGCCUCAUUCCGAAGAAGGUUUUUGAAAAAACUGCCUUUCCAGACAGUGUUGCAGUUGACAUAUGUUCUAGGAACCCUGCUUGGAAACCUUUGAUUAGGAAAAUGAACACUAUUCAGUGUAGAGCCCUCGUGUGUCUCCAGAGUCUUGUGUCUCUCCUGGACAUGGAACAUCUGGGAGGAGCCCCAGCUCUUCAGGCCCUUGCACAGCACCUGUCACAACUUCUUUUUUCUCAGUCAGAUUUUGCUAAGCAUGCUGAUUUUCUAGAAGCCAUAAGUAGUGCUUUGAGGGCCCUUUUGCAAACAAUGGCAUCCAAGAACAUUCCACAGUGCAUGACCCCCGAGCAGCUGAUGACACUGUGCAAAGCAGCUAUUCAGAGUAGUAACAUCGGGGUUAGAGUGAAUGUGGUCAGUAUUUUGGGAAUCAUUGGCAGCGUCCUUGCCAAAGAACAUGAUGUACUUGAAACUCUUAAGGCCAUUGGGUGCUUCCUGCUUGAGGUUGCCACCAAAGACCCUUCGCUUGUGGUAGCAGGAGAAGCUCUGGAUGCCCUCUUUGAUGUGUUUGCGGAUGGUGAAGAAGCUGAAAAGGCCUCGGUUCAAAUUAAAUUGUUAUCCACUUUGAAAGAAUUUCAGCCAGUCUUCAAAAUGAAGAUACGAAAAGAAGGGAGGAGCAAAUAUAGCCCAGAUCAGCUGUGUGUUCUCGACAAUGUGAGGAUGAAUUUGAGAAGGUUUGUUGCUUACCAAGAAACUGUUGAGAAAAGAUUGACUUCUUAAACUGUCAAAGAAGCUGGAACUGGGGCUGGCCUAUGGCUUUGUGCUUGCCUAGCAGCACAAGACCCUGUGUUCAUCCCCAGCUCUGCAAGAAAAAAGAAGAAAGACUGGUUCUUUCCCAGUAUAUUUAAUGCUAAGAAUACUACCUUUGAAUGUAUGUGUUUCCACGAGACUUUUUUGAAAAGAUAGUCUCACCAUGUCAUCCUUGCUGGCCUGGAACUUGGGAACUCAAAAAGAUCCACCUGCCUUUGCAUUCUGAGUGCUGGGAUUUAAAGAUGUGUGCCACCACUGCCACCCUCCAAAUGCCAUUUUUAAUGCCUAUAUUCUGGAUAUUAAUUUGAACUUCGGAACUUGAAAACCUGUCAGAAACUCAUGUUUAAGCCUGUGGAGCUCUGUGGAUUUCUGUUGCAGUCUCUGCAGCAGAUCUUAAUCACUGGCAGUCUCAGGAGGGUUUUCCCUCUUGGUGCUAGAGGCAGCAUUCAGGUCUUUGUGCAUGCCUGACAACUGCUCUACCACUAAACCACACCCUAGCCCUCAGGUGGUUCUGAACUAGUAUGUGGGUAGUAAAUAAACUUCAAUCACACCCUUGAAUUUGGAAGAAAGGAAAUAAUUGCUUGUAUGUUCUUUAAAGCCAGUAUCAUUUUAUAUUAGUUAAAUCUUUAAGUGAAAUACAAGACAAGGUUUAUAAGUAUUUUUGGUAUGAAGUACUGUAUACUAAUCAUGAAUCAUUUGUGAAAUAAAUGAAUUUGUCUGUCACUCUGAAUAGAUAAUGAGCAGUAAUUCUGUGUAACAUCACUCCUUAAUUUGAUAUGGAAUCAGAGUUAGUAGAAAAUAUUUUUGAAUAAAUAACUUUUUAAUUGAAA